GCACUUUAAUUAAAACAAAAAGACACAACCUUUCUUCUGGUCAAUAAUACACAAUCAACGAUCACCGGAAAACAAAGCGGCGGCGAGAAAACCCCGAGACCCAGAAACAACAAUGAGAAGAGGAGGAGGAAGUACUUCUGGGAAUUACAGAAACCCAUGUCUGACUAUGCACCAACCAUGGGCUUCUCUGCUCGUCUAUGGUAUCAAACGCAUCGAGGGCAGGUCAUGGCCUGCUCCCAUUAGAGGACGUCUUUGGAUUCAUGCCGCUGGUAAGGUUCCAGAGGAGGAUACAAUCAAAGCAAUGGAGGACUUUUAUUGGGAAAUUUAUGCAGUGGAUGGAAUCACUGAUAUCAAGUUUCCCCAACACUAUCCAGUUUCAAGACUUAUAGGUUGUGUCGAAGUAGUUGGAUGUGUUAGACGCGAAGAGUUAGCAGGCUGGGAGAUGGUACCUGAGAGGGUGAGACUAGAAGCACAAACCGAUAUGUGUUGGCUUUGUGAGCAGCCACAGAAACUGUUAAUCCCAUUCGAAAUGCGUGGCUACCAGGGUGUCUAUAACUUGGAAAAGAAGAUAUAUGAAGGUGCUAUUAGAGGUCUUACGCUGGUUGAAGUUCCUCUCCCAGUCAAAUUUCCACUUCCAAAUCCACAAGAUCGAUUUUCCUUGAAGCCGGGGUCUAUAUCUGCAAAUGUCGAUCAAUCUAGAACAUCUGAAGCAGAAAGAUCUUCUAGUCUCAAUGCAGCAAUAGCUGGUGCACAAGCCGCUGCUACACAGUUCUCUAAAAAAGCUCAAACUUCUCCAACUACCUCCCUAAAUGAAGCAGCCAAACCAGUGACAGUUCCAAUCAAGUGCGACUCUCUUGAAGCGGGUAAAGCAAUGGCCACAAAUAUCAGUGAGAGCUCUAAUAAGGGGUCUAUGACAUCAAACAAUAAAGGUCAGAUCAGCAUCCAUGAUCAACCUCAGUCUAGAGCUUUUAGACCUCACUCAGGCGCACCAUCUAAGAUAUUUGAAGGUGCUAUUAGAGGUCUUACACCAGUUGAAGGUCCUCUCCCAGUCAAAUUUCCACUUCCAAAUCCACAUAAUCAACCUCAUUCUAGAGCUUUUAGACCUCAACCCAGUGCACCAUCUAAAAACGUUUAUGAAUGGAAGAGGCGAGGAGAUACCCAGUUAUGACCCUCUGAGGAGUCCUAUAGAAAGGUGCUUAGCUUAAGAUUUUCCUUUGAAGCAGUACAGAUGAGUAUCCUUAGAGUUUCUACCUGUAUUUCGGUUCCAUCUAUAGCCUAGUCUGCCAUGCUAGCAUACGAUAGGUGCAAUAUCUCAGUUAGUUGUAGUGCAAUAUGAUGUCCUCUCUAAUACUGUCUUGCUGUUUUCUCAACUUUAUAUUUAGUAACCAGUAUAUUGAAUUGAAGUUGGC